CAUUUCCCACCUAAUCCUAUCGUUAUCUCCUCCCACCCAGCCCCAGCCCCACUCCGGCCCCGUAAUACCCAGCGAGCAGAGCAUAGCACCCACCACCGGCACAGCCGCGCGCGUGGGUGGAAAAAAGUAGAGAGAGAGAACAGGAGAGAAGGAAGAAAAGAAAAAAAGCCAUGGCCGCCACCGCCGCGGCCACCGUGACGGCGACGGCGGCGGCGUCGAGCUGCAGCAAGGGCGAGAGCGUCGGCAUUGCGGCGCCCGCCGACUUGACGAAGAAGGCGAAGAAGGGCAGGUCGCCGCCGGCGGAGGAGAUGGAGGCCUUCUUCGCUGCGGCGGAGGGCGACGUCGCGCGGCGCUUCGCUGCCAAGUACAACUAUGACGUCGUCACAGACGCUCCCAUGGAUGGGCGGUACGAGUGGGUCCGAGUGAGGCCGUAGGAAGGAAGGAUAUGCCGCCGCAGCCAGUCAAGUGUCAGAGGCCCGCACAGACAGACCACGUUGUGUCCUUUUUAAUCAUUCUUUUGUAGUUACCUUGUCAUGCUUUAUUAGCUGUAAUUAUUGCUCACCAGAUGCCUAAUCAUGCACUGUAUUAGCUCACCAUGUAAGUCGCCAGUGUAUUGUUCCACCUGUAGCUAGCUUGCCUUUUAACUUGUCGUGAUAUGUUUUGUUCCAUCAAGAAAAAGGAAGUGUCGUUAUCUGUGUA